GAUCAGUCGAUCGCUCUUUGUUGACUCGUUCGGACGCGUAUUAUGGUUUAAUUUAAAGUCGGUGUUUUUCUUUGAAAUAAUCAAUUGUAGAAUGUUUGUUCUCAUCUUUCGAGCUUAUCACCUCAAUUCUAGUGCGAUUAGUUUUUAUUGACGGCUGCAACGGUUAACGGAGUUAUACUGUGAUUUUUUUCUCAAAAGCUACCUGACUAUGAUAAAACUCCAAUACAGUUCUGUGGAUGCGUUUCAGGAAGAAGUGUAAAAACGAAUCUGUCUCUGAUGACAUCGGGCCGACAAAAUUCACUGUCAGUAAAACAUCAGACUGAUCUAAUUUAUCCUAUAUAUUAAUAAAUCAAAUUUAAUUCUCGUAAAAAAAACCACCACAAUUUUUUGUAUAGUAUAGGUACAGUCAACUUUCACUCGUUGAGCUAAGCCCAUACCCCACUUAGUGAAAGACUUUCGUUAGUUGGGCUGAGCUGUCAAGCUGAACAUUGGUUGAGGGAUACACGGAUUGUUUAUUAUCAUCACAAUCCUUUAGCAACUAUCGAAAUUGUUCAUCUAUGAGCCCCUCGAAAAGAAAUCAGCACUGUCAUUUCUGACGCUUGACUUCGAUUUAGGUGGACUUCAGCGGGAACCCAAUGAAAACGUAGUCCACUUAAAGAUAGCCGUAGGAGUGGAUAGGAGUGAAAUUCGACUGUAAUAGAGUAAAUUAUUUUUAGUGAAUAGUUUAUUCUACCAUUUUGUGUAAGAAAAAAAUAAAUAAAAAGUAAAUCGAUUUAAAUGAUGCGAAUUGUCUUAUGGAGCAUUUGGAUAUCUUCCGGAGUAUUGAUACUGCUAUUGCUGGGAGGUAUAGUAACAAUAAUGGUUCAGCCACCUAAUUCGGCAUUGGGAAUUCAACCCAGAUUUGAUGCAGUUAAUACGAUUGCAUCCACUACUCAGGGGUCAAUAGUGGACGAAGAUGCUCAAGAUGUAAUCAAAAUAGUUUACGGCCGUAAAGGAUACUCCAACCCUAAGCCUACUUCCGAAGAUGAAGAUGAUGCUCCGGAUAUGGCUGUCAGACAAAUUAAACGUACAAGACGCCCACUACGGAUCAUUGGUAAGGAUUUCAACCCUUACCAAUCGUACACAGUUAAGCACCGUAAUGGUACACUUACAUACGUGUUUCCUAGUACAGACAUAACAAGCUCCACUACUUCCACCUCCAAUUCUAUUGGUGAUGUUGGAAUCAAUCCGACUACUGUAAUAGAUAGAGAAGGUUCUAGCGAUCCCCUGGAAACAUACCCAACAGAACUUAUCGAUGAAAUUAUGAAUCAACAUAUAAAUAGCUUUGAAGGAGCCUUUGGAAAUGACAUGGUGAAUGGAGAUAAACUGAAUUCACGUUUUGAUAUUUCCAACGAUCAAUAUUUCUGUGACAGUGAAGAAACCCUGAUCCAUCCUGCAGAAGGUUUCACGUGGCAAAACUCAAGCGUUCGGAUCGUCAAUACAAAAAACUACAAGCAGGGCGUAAGAAUCGAAAAAUGCCGAAACGAGGGCAAACCGUGUAAGUUUUGCGAUGGAAAUACCGUAUGUAAGCAACUAUAUCACUACCGGACACUUGUGGCUAUAAACCUUGAUGCGCGCAAACCGUACAGAGAGCUGAUUCAAUUGCCAUCCUGUUGUAAAUGUGCUAGAAUAUCCCUUUAGCAGACUGUGAUUAAAUACAAUGAACAACUGGAGAUUUUAUAAUAAGAAAUAAACAAAAAUGCCCGUCUGGUACGUUUACAAAGCAGCCAAUGCUUUUGCAUCCGGUAAAAAGGAUUUUUCCUUUCAUAUUGAGAAUUUUAAAAACACACUGUGUACUUCUAGGUACUAUUGUCCAGAAUUAAUUUAAGUUUUUAAAUAGAAACAUAAUCCAAAGUAUAUUAAAGCUCGAUAUCGAUAGAGGAUCUUCAAUAAUUAUCUAAUUUAUUAAAUUGAUUAGGCUUAUACAGUGUAACAGUACCUUGCCCGUAUAAAUGAAUUGACAAUGUUUUAAAGCAGUCUAGAUGGAUAGAUUUAUGAAAUCUUGAAUUGUUAGAUUGGUAAAGUUUCGCACUUUAUUGAUCAUGUGAUAAAUUGUUUCGUCAUGAACGAGUUGUAGUAAAUUUUUACGAAAAGAAAAAAUCAUUAUGUUGAUUGAAAAUGAGCAAAAUAAAAAUAAAUUUUUGAAGUAAAAUGUAGCUAUUGAGAAAUAAUGCGUUUUAAUACAAUAGCUCAAAUCGUGUCAAAAAUCUUG